GGCUAGGGUUAGGACCGAUAUUCAGAACCUAAAUGCUGACCGCAAAGAGCUGACAGCCAAAUUGCAGGAGAUGGAGGAUGAUCUCGUCAAGGUUCAUUCGGAGUUGCAGCAGUUUCCUGUUAUCAAAGCGGAAAUUGAGAGCAUGCGCAAGGAAGUUCAACGAGGAAGAGCUGCUAUUGACUAUGAAAAAAAGAUGCAUGCCAGUAACCUUGAAUAUAAUCAAGCUAUGGAGAAGCAUAAGAUUACUAUGACUGCUGAAAUCGAAAGCCUACAUGCUGAGCUUGCAAAUGCAGAGAAGAGGGCAAGAGCAGCAGCUGCUGCAGCAGCGGCUCCAAGUAAUUCAAACCACCAGUUUGCUGCAGUGAAUCCAAGUUUUACGUAUUCUGCCAAUUAUGGAAAUCCUGAAACAGGUUAUGGAGGGACUUUGUACCCUGCUCCUUAUGCUGUACAUCAGGUUCAAGUCAGUGCUGAUGCAACCCAAUAUGGUCAAGGAGCCAUGUCUUAUGGUUCACAUGGUCCUUGUGACAUGACGCAACCCUAUGUACAUCAGUAGUUUGUGAUUGGAAACUGAAAAGCAUCUGCUGGAUCACAAGCAUAGGUAAAUGUGUCAAACUCGAGAAAUUUUUGUUGGAUUUCACGACCAUCAAUGGUGAAGCCUCAAGAGUGGAUUUGGCGAAGCACAGGUCAAAUGACUCUAAACGCUAAACAGGUUGAAAAGUUAAUUUGUGUUCUAGAAAAAGCAGUAUUCCUUGAUUGCAGGCACAGAAUUCAGACACUUAGAGUUGUGAUUCAUACUGCAAAUCAGUUAGCCCUAUUCUAGCUUAGUGAAUUAGCCAACUCUGGGUUCUAAACCUACUUAGUCCUCUAAGAUAAUUUCAUUAUUAUGAUCUCUGGGGAGACUUGGAUAGCAAAUUUAGAAUUAACUAACACCUGUAAAGCAUGUGCAUCAAAUUUUCUUUUUGCAAGAUUCAGUUUUAGCGGUGAAUGCCACUUUGUGUCACCGCUGAUGAUGACAGGACCAGUCAAAAUAAGUUUGACGAUUGGAGACGGAAACAUGUAAGACUAAGGUGGCUCUUUGUUUCAAGCAAUGUGGGGAAAAAAAAAAAAAUUCACCUCUGGAGCUGCAUUUCAGAUUUUCACCAACUUUGGAACAAAUGCCACCCAACUCAUUACAAAUUGCAAAGAAGAGGACAAGUUUGGUGACCGUGUACGCCCGUGCUUGCAUGUGUAUAUGUAUUAUUUAUCAACUUAAUUUUUAUUUUGGUUAAACUUGUCGUUACGAAUUGCGAAAUAUUAAUUGUUAGUGUUUCCAAAGUUAAGACUAGUUAAUGUGGUAUAUGGGCACAUUGAAUUGAGUUUAAUUCA